AUGGCACAAGGGCCCAAUUUCCGUUCCGGUAGGGUGGGGGCCUCUGGGGAUGCUCGUUUGCGCCGCGACUAUCUGCAGCACAAGUAUUCUCCACGACCCGUGGAAGCUACUCAGCAACGCGAGUCAUCAUCUGAUACCGAUCAAUCAGAUGAGGAAGUUGCACCUGCUUUCAACGCCAAACACGACAAAAUUAACGAUGAAAGGGAGGCCAACCAAAGCCCAGAUGAUAGCGACACCGCUAUAGAAGACAGUGUGGAUGAUUCCGACGUCGACGCCGAAGACAGAGAAGAGGACGGUGAAGGUGAGAUGCCCAAUGAAUCCCUUCUCGUGCUCCCCGAUGGCGAAGGGGAUGGCUUGUUCCUGGGAAACCUGGACGGCUUCACCACGGUCGUCGAGCAUACCUGCAGUAUCUGCAUGGAGAUCCAGGGUAGAACGCGCAAGCUGGAUAAUUGCGGACAUGAGUUCUGUGAGGAGGGCUUGCAUCAACUGCUAUCCAGUGACCAUGCAAUGCGGUUCAAUUGUCCGAGUUGUCGCGAGUGGAUGCUGAAUGUUUCUCGGGAUAAGAUUAUGGUCGAUAGCGAGGUUGAAGACUUCGAGGCCGAAGAGGCCGAAGACGAGGGAGAGGCCCAUGAAGAGAUAGAAGGAGAGUCGCCAGAGGUCGACGGAGAGAUGGAAGAAGGGUCAGAUGAGGAAAUGGAGAAUUGCUCUCAGGAGAACAUUGAGGAAGACGAUGCAGAAGCUACCGAUGUUGGCAGCAUUAAAGAGCCCGAAAUUGGGGAUGAUGCCAUUGGCGACGUCGAUCUAGCUGAAGACCAUAGUGAAGGAAGGGAUCUUCACAGCAGAACUGAGGGGAGGUAUCCUUGUAGCCAUUCCGAUGACGGAUUUGAGGGCCAGGAACCGGAAGUUACUAGCAGUACCAACGACAGAGUCGACGGCGAUAGCGUUGGUGGGGAUUUCUAUCCUGCUGACUGUUCCGGAGAGGACGAAGAGGUUGCCGAACUGGGAGGUGAUUCUGGUUCCGAAUUCGUGUACGAGAGCGAUUCUGUUUCGGAGGAUCAGGCUUAA